CAUAAGAUCAUCGCUCAAAGUAAAAAUGGUGAGCCCAUUUAGAUCUCCAUGUUCUUCACCAAAGAAAUCAAGAAAAGCAAACAAGAACCCUUAUUCAAAUCGUGGACUUGAUAAAUUCUCUGAGCUUCUUUCCGAGCUCGACGAGAAGAGACAAAGCAUCUACUCGAAGAAGCUCGAUUCCGGUGGACCGCCUCUUGUUCGAUUCGUGUUCACUAGCUCCGGUGAGUGUGUCCCCGUUGUGAUCAGAUCAUCUUAUCUUCACAAGAAGAACAAGAAGACGAAAGAUGUUGUUGCUGAUAAAGUCAAAACAGAAGUCAAAGAAGCGAAAACAGAAGAAAUCAAGAACAUAGAGCCUGAAACAGAGCAAAAACAGAGCUGUGUUAUAAACGAGAAUCUGAAGAAGAUCGCUAGACCGAAUCAUUUCUUGCCUGUGACUAUGAUCUUGGUUCUUGUUUUCUUAGCUUUCUUUGGAAGAUCUGUUGCGAUUAUGUGUACUUGUAUUGCUUGGUACUUGGUUCCAACGAUUCAAGAACAGAGUGGAAACAGAGGAUCAUCACCGCUUUACGCGAUGAAGAAGAAAGAUUUCGCUAGGAAGUUGAGUAUUGAAAACAGAGCAUCGUUUAAUCCAAGAACUGUUCGUGAUAACUCUCCUCGCAAGUAGAAGAAGUUUCUUAUUUUGGCUGCUCGCGAAAAAAACCGCGUGACCGAG